AUGGGACAAAAGCAAUCGAAGCUACCAUGUAGUUACUCAGAUAUAGACUUCCUUUUUCAAAUGAAAAAGCAAAACCAAAUCAAAUUUUUUUCACAAAUCCAAGGCUUUUCUGAAAUGUCAAGUGAGUGGAUUCCUUAUAUCCGUGACAGACUGUCCCAAUAUAAUCCUUACAUAUGGAGGGAUGAGUUAUUAAGAUUCGUCAACACAUGGAACGCUCAUCAAGAUGUCAGAAGUAAAAUCUCAAUUGCUUGGCUUUUUUAUAUGAGAAGCACUCAGCCGAAGCCGAAAAAACAAGUUACAAGGACACAGCUGAGGGAUCACACUGGAGAAUGUUUAACUUUUACUAUGCUGGUGGACGAUAACCCAUAUAAAAACUUAGUUUAUGAACAGCUGAUGAAAGAUGAAAGCAAUGCUCUGUAUCAUAUGAUUAGAAGAUUUGGAACGGCGCUACAAAUGGAGUUUACCAAUUAUGAUCCAACUAAUGCAUUUAAUGAAUUAAAAGACAGCGUAAAACAAGAUGCUGUUCAGAACGCUGAGCUGAUUACUAAUUAUAUCAAAAGUUUUAUCUCAAUACUCACAGACUCCCUUGACAAAUUUUAUCUAAACUUAGACCAGCAUAUUGAUAUAGAAGCUCGUGAACUAAUAGCAACUCAUGCUGUCGUUUCAAGUGAAAUCCUUGAAAUUUUAACCAAAAUCUAUUUAGAGGCUUAUAAAGCUGACGAAGACGAUUAUUAUGAAAAUCUGCAAAGGCUUCAUAACUUAGCUUAGCUUAAUUAUCUAUAACAUUUAACGUCCACUACGGGGUAGCCAUUUUCAGGGCUUCCACCAUAUUUAUCCACGUGUCGGGCCCAUGGACUCUGAAUCGAUCCACAAGGUUAGGGAAGCAAAGGCUUCAUAACAGUAGGUUGAAUUCUUUAAGCUUAGACAACUCAUUGAGACUUAACAAUGGAGAAGGCUAUCUUGAAGCUUUUGAAAAUUUAGUAGGAAUUUCUUGCAGUAAAUCCCUAAAAGAUAUGUUAGACGAGGUUAGCCACUAUUCAAAUAGCAUUAAAAGUGCAAUUGACAAUUUUAAUCCAGAUAAAAGUGUGCUGCUGGAGACUGAUAAGUUUAUUGAAAUAUGUAUUUUGGUUAUCUGCAAGGCUAGUGCUCCAAAUCUCCCCACAAGAGUAAGGAUUGCUGAAACAUUUUUGCAUUCUUUCUUUAGAAACCAAGAAAUGGAAUAUGUGCUAAAUACGCUGCAAGGAGCAUUGAAGUUGCUUCAAACCUGCAUACCUUAA